AUGAUCUUCUUGAAAACACUUAGUUUAAUAACAUGGGUACUAUUCUUGUCGAAUUUUGCCUUUUCUUCGGCCUUUUUUCAUCAUGAACAACUAUACCGUCAGCGUUGGCUUGAACAACACAUUUCAAAAACCAAUCUCAGAUAUGAAUCGUCAACAGAGUACACUUUUCAGCAAAAGCUAGAUCAUUUCGACCCAACCAACGAAGAAACCUGGUUACAACGGUAUUGGGUUGACUCAACGUUUUAUCAGAAAGGUGGGCCAGCGUUUCUUGUGAUAGAUGGUGAAACGCAAGCUGACGUGACCUUAUACGAUAAAACCGAAUGGAAAAAUUACGCGCGAAACUUCAAUGCAACGUUUUUCUAUUUGGAACAUCGAUUUUAUGGUCGAAGUGUACCAAAAAACGAUACCAGCACACAGAAUUUGGUUUACCUAAGUAGCCAACAGGCUCUAGCUGACAUUGCAAAUUUUAUUUGUGGAGUAACUAAUCAGUACAAUUUAUCUACUGACACUAAAUGGAUCGUGUUCGGAUGUUCGUAUGCAGGAAGUUUGGCUGCCUGGGCUCGUCUCAAGUAUCCUAAUCUCGUACACGGAGCAGUUUCUUCGAGCGCCCCACUUGUAGCUAAGGAGGCUUUUACAGAAUACUAUCCAGUUGUCAAAGAGUCGCUGGACUAUUAUAAACCAACCUGUUCUGCCAAAGUAGCUGAGGCUAAUAAGCACCUUAGCCUAUUAAUCCAAAGAGAUCAAGGCAGAAGACAAGUUCAAGAACUAUUCGGUCUAUGCUGUAAUGUGGACUACAACAUGGAAAGUGUAUCAACAUUGUUCGGCGCAGUGCUCCAGUAUAUAGUAAAAGCUGUUCAGUAUAAUUUAAAACAGGAUAUUGAAGAUUUUUGCAACAUUAUGACAAUAUCUUAUAAUGCUUCAACGUUACAAUUGUACGCUAAAGCCAUAAAAGCCAUACGAUUCGAGUUGGAAAAAGGGAAUCGCACUUGUCUGAAUAAUUGCUACAGAAAUGAUACCGACAACUUGACGUCUACAAAUAGAGACCCUGUGGAUAACAGGAGACAAUGGUUGUAUCAAAUUUGUACCGAAUUCGGUUGGUUUCCGACUACUAAUAAGUCGACCUCGGAUUCAUUAGGAGCUUACAUUCCUGUAGAAUACUUCAUAAAACAAUGCGAAAAAACAUUCGGUCCAAAGAAUACUGUUCACAGAUUCAAUGGUUUGUAUCUGAAGAGGGUGGUUAAUGAGACCAAUACUUUUUACGGAGGAUUGAAAAUUAACGUUGGAAACACUGUACUCAUUCACGGAUCAAUUGACCCUUGGCAUUCUAUUGGCAUCACUCGCGCUGAAAUUCCAAACGCACCUUACAAGACUAUCUACAUCAAUGGAAGCGGUCACUGUGGUGAAAUAUUUCCACCCAAAAGUUCUGAUUCUGAGGAGGUGAGAAAAGCUCAAGAAGAAAUCGCAAACACAUUACAAUCUUGGUUACAAAAUUAGUAGAUAACCCGAAAAAUAAGAAAUUCAAAGCCUAACUCUAAAGCAGGGAUCUUUUCGAAUUUCAAUUCCAUUUUUCUUCGAUAAUAAUAAAUUCCAACAUCAGCACUCGAAUCAAUCAAUAGGUACUUAUGUAUGUACUUAUAUUUCCCCAAUGUCAGCUUAUUGAAACAGAACGCAUUUUUUUAUACCUAAUUAUUAUUUCUAUUUUAUGAUUGAAAUUAAUCGAAUAAGUAUAUCUAUCCUUAUAAACAAAUUAAUUUUAUUUUACUCGUAUAAACUUCAUUUUUAUAUAUUUUUCCAAGAUUAUGAUUAAGAACACAAAUAUUCCUUAAUAUUUUAAACGCAAACAUAUUACUCAGCUUUGUUAUUCGCACGUCUUAAUUCAGUAAAAUAUAUACAUAAGAGC